AACCUUCGUUCCUUCUUUUCCCCCUCGUUCCUUCUUGUUUCUGGCGGCAGGGCUGCUUCGUUCGUUUCGUUACUAAGUCCUGCUUAUUGGUCUCCUUCGGCUCGCCCUUUGAGACGGUUUACUAGAUCGUGGAUCAGUAGCUCGUUUGAAAUUCUGAGCCAUGCGCGAAUUCGCUCUGCUAUACUUGGCAACAUUCCUUCCUUUAUGGGCUCUUGCCUCCAACGACUGGACUCAGCCAUGCCUUGACGGCACAUGCUCCUACGACGUCGACGGGCCCGUCUCCGGCUCGGUGUUCAUCUCCGGCUCAUCCACGGCCAUCUCUGACCUCACACAAGCAGCGGAAUGGGAGAUCCUGGACUGCGACGCGAAUAGCACAGCACAAGAUAUCCGCGCGGUAUGCACAAACACCACCUCUGGCUGCUCUCAUCUACUACAAGGAGGCGCGGUCGAUACUAUCGUUAGGUUACCCGAGAACUGCACGCAAAUGCCUUUCGCAAGAGUUGCGGCAAUUUGGGAUCAUGAAAACCAGACGACCGCUUUCGUGCGGCGAAGUAGGCUCUUUCGCCGCGAAACGAUGCCCAUCGUCAAAGGAAUCAGCUUGGAUACAACAUUCAGUGCGAUCGACCCAUCUCGGAACGGGAAUGUUACGUUCGUCUUCCAAGGGGGUAUCCCCAACUCUAACGUGGAUUCAUCGUCUGCGAUCCAAAAACGGCUUCUCAGUUUCGACUACAAUGACAUAUCUACCACGGCUGUCGUCCACGCCAGCAACACGAGCACACUCUUCAACGGCACGCUCUCCUCCGCGAGCAUCAUCAGUGGCGACUCCGAUCCCUCCGUCACCGUCAGUGGGAACGUCGACUUGAUGGUAGACUCGAACGUGGAUGUGCAGCUGCAGUACGGCAUCGUGAUCGCUGGAAGCGUCGUCCCGCCCGACUUGACCGGGUUUGAGCUGUUUACUGGUAUGAACGGCUCGAUCACUGGGACGUUGAGCGUGGAUAGCCAAGCGACGGCUAUCUUUGAUACCGGUGCAAUCCAGCUCUUCCAGGUCGGUAUCCCGGGAUUAGACAUCCCCGGGAUCCUGAGCAUAGGCCCGACGUUCCAGGUUUCCGCCGAAGCCACCGUAGCGCUCGCUGUCGGUCUGGACAUGGACAUCGACUUCAACUACGAUAUCAAUAAUGCGGAACUGUACUUCCCGUCGUCUGCCAGUGAUAUCUCCAGUGCGAACGUUAGUGCAGGGUACUCCAAUGUCAACGUCAUCUCAGGUCCAAACUCCACAGCUGAACUAACGAUCACACCCCAACUAACACCCAGCAUCUUUUUCGGUAUCAAUGUCCUCGAUGGCACCGCAGAUGCCACCAUCAGGCUCGCCCUCGACGCCUUCGCCAUCGCGAUCCUCUCCCUGCAGGACGACGCAGGCGCCUCCACCGCUUCCAACUGGAGUAACACCACAGCGAGCGCUUCCGGGUUCGGAGGGGACGUAAACCUCGAGGGUGGGCUCAACAUCACCGCAAGCGCGGAUGCCUCGCUGUUCGACCUCUUUGAGGCGGGAAAGAGCAUCACGCUGUUCUCGAAGACGUUCGAGCUGUUCCAGAAGGACUUUGGUAAUAGUGCUUGAGGCUGUCAGCGACAGCGGAAUUUGGCGACACCUUCGUAGUCGGACUUUGUUCUUCGAAGUACC